AGGAUCCAUUAGCGGGAAAUAGCGUUUACAUGCAUUUCAGGUUGGAUUUUUUGUAAUUUUUUGUAAUUUUUUGUAAUUGUGUCGUGGCGCCUAUUAUCUCUUUCGUUCGUUUGUUUUGAUCUUUUAAAAAGAAUUUGAAAAUUAUAAUUAUGGAUUAUAAUAAAAAAUUAAAUGAAUUUUUAAUUGAAAUAAAAAAUGGAAAAAUAUCCGGAUCAUAUGAUUUAGCCAAACGAACCGUAUUAUUCGUUCAGGAUCUGAUUAUCAAUACUGAAUGGACAAAAAUUAGUGAUAUGAUUGAAAAAAUACAAGAAAUUGGAAAAUUGUUUAUAAAAAUUCAACCAACUGAACCGGUUAUUGAUAAUAUGGUUAAAAGAAUAUUGAAAAUAAUACGUGAAGAAUUUAAUCAUAUACGUGGUGUUCGAGAUGAUGAAGCAUUUGAUUCGAUUAUAAAUUUAUGGCCACAACAACAACAACAACAACAAAAUCAAGAUAUUGAUAAUGUUAAUAUUUCAGUGGUAAAAGAUUCAAUAAGUAUUGCUAUUGGUGAAUUAUUAAGUGAACUUGAUACAAGUGGUGAAAAUAUUGCUCAACAAGCUGAUGAACAUAUCUAUUGGGAUGAAGUAAUAUUGACUAUUGGACGAUCAAAAACUGUUGAAGCAUUUCUUAAAUAUGCAGCAAAAAAGAAAAGAAAAUUUCAGGUUAUUGUUGCUGAAUGUAGCCCGGAUAAUAAUGGUCAUGAUUUGGCCAUAAGUUUGGCUAAAGAAAAUAUCAACACAAUAUUGAUUCAUGAUUCGGCUAUAUUUUCAGUUAUGUCACGUGUAAAUAAAGUUAUUAUCGGUACACAUUCAAUAAUGGCUAAUGGUGGUAUAAAAGCUGUUUCAGGAACAUAUACAUUAGCUUUAGCUGCAAAACAAUAUUCAGUUCCUUUUAUCGUUUGUACAGGAAUGUUUAAAUUAACACCAAAACAUUUAGCAAGUUAUGAUCAAUUAGCAUUCAAUAAAUUUGAAUCAUCGGAAAAAGUUUUAAAUUAUGAAUAUAGUUAUUCAGUUGAAUGUCAAGUAAUGAAUCCGGUAUUUGAUUAUGUACCACCUGAAUUGAUAACAAUUUUUGUUUCAAAUAUCGGCGGAACAACACCAUCCGAUGUUUAUCGAUUAUUGGGCGAACUUUAUCAUCCAGCCGAUGAAUUGGCAAUUUAAAAAAAUAUAAAUUUUUUAUUUUUAUAAAAACGAUGUUGUAAAAUUUGAAUAAUUUACAAUAAUAAUUACUAUUUUAAU